UCUUGCUCCAUGGGUACCAGUUGUGGGUCUGGAAAUUCAUGCACAGAUCAGUUCCAACUCAAAACUUUUCUCUGGUUCCCAAGUCCAGUUUGCAGCACCUCCUAACUCUUUGGUAUCUUUCUUUGAUGCUUCUUUACCAGGAACUUUACCAGUUCUCAACAGGAGAUGUGUAGAAGCAGCAGUGAUGACAGGCCUGGCACUCAACUGCAGCAUAAACAAGAAGUCCUUGUUUGACAGAAAACACUAUUUCUAUGCAGAUCUGCCUGCUGGCUAUCAAAUCACUCAGCAAAGAGUUCCUAUUGCGGUGAAUGGAAGUCUGUCAUACAGUCUCUGCAUAGACAACAAAAUGAGCCAGAUGGUGACCAAAACUGUGAGGAUUAAACAAAUUCAGUUGGAGCAAGACAGUGGAAAGAGUCUCCAUGAUGACACAAGGAGCCAGACUCUUGUUGACUUGAAUAGGGCUGGUAGGCUUGGAUUAAUGGAGGUUGUCAUGGAGCCUGAUAUGUGCUGUGGGGAAGAGGCAGCUGCAGCAGUCAGAGAGCUUCAGCUCAUUCUUCAGACACUUGGGAGCAGCCAGGCAGUCAUGGCAGAGGGUCAGCUGAGAGUGGAUGCCAAUGUUUCUGUGCAUCAUCCUGGAGAACAUUAUGGAGUGAGGACUGAAGUGAAGAAUAUCAAUAGCAUACGAUUCCUGGCAAAAGCAGUAGACUAUGAAAUACAGAGGCAAAUUGAAGAACUUGAAAAUGGAGGAACAAUUCUGAAUGAAACAAGAGCCUUUGAUUCCAAGCUUGGGUGCACUGUACCAAUGAGAGACAAAGAAGGAAAACAGGAUUAUCGGUUCAUGCCAGAGCCAAACCUUCCUCCAUUGAUUCUGUAUGAUGCUAAAUCUUUGCCAGCUAAUAUGAACCAUCAGCAAGUGGUAAAUAUUGAUUGGAUUCAUGAGAGACUUCCUGACCUCCCCAGUGUGAAGAGAGCAAAGCUUGUUGAACAGUAUGGGAUUCUUCCUGAGCACAGCUUCACCUUACUGAAUGAAGACGGAUUAACAGAAUUCUUUGAAAAUGUGGUAAAACAGACACAGAUGAAGCCAAAGAAAGUGAUCGGCUGGAUUCUAAAUGACCUGCUCAGUUAUUUGAAACAACAUUCCCUUACAGUAGAGGAAAGCCCAGUCAGUUCCGUUCUCCUGGCUGACCUUCUGAACCUUCUAGAAAAAAAAGAAAUUUCUUCUACAGCAGCAAAGCAGGUGCUUGCGGAAUUGUGGAAGGGAGAAGGGAAGACUCCUCUUGAAAUUGUUAAAGAAAAGAAACUUGAACUGAUACAGGAUCAAAAAGAGCUUGAACAGAUCUGCCAGGCGGUGAUUGAUGGACAAGAAAAUGAGGUUAUGGCGAUAAAAGCAGGAAAUCAAAAAGUUCUAAAUAAGUUAAUUGGCCUGGUACAAAGAGAAACACAAGGACGAUCCAGUCCUGUUCUGGUGAAGCAAUUAUUAGAGAAGAAGCUGUCAGAGUAG